AUGAUUGUGAUGAUAACAGCGCUGAUGAUGAUGUUGCUGAUGAUGAUGAUGAUGUUUCCAUUCAGAACCACCUUCCGCAGGGAGAAAGGGGGGCAGCAAGCAGAGGACUGCAGCGUCUGCCCGGCUGGAUACUUUUGCCCCCAUGCCUCCACCAUCCGUCCCAGUCCCUGUGGAGCCGGCAGCUACUCGGCUGACGGCUCCGCAGUGUGCCUGCCCUGCCAGAGGGGGCACUACUGCAGCAAUGACGCCACCAGUCAGGAGGCCAUGCUAAGUCAGAUGGUCUGCCCUGCCGGCCUGCUCUGCUCUCAAGGCCUGGACCGAGAGCCCCAGCGCUCUUCCACCCUCUGUCCCAAGGGAUUCUACUGCCCUGGGGGCAGUGUUGACCCCAACCCCAUCCCGUGUCCAAACGGGACGUAUGGCAGUCAGGCCGGCCUACGUAAGCUGGAGGAGUGUACUACCUGCCCCGCUGGCCACUUUUGUUUCUCCCUGCAGCCCCUGGGUCACCCCCUCACGGAGCCAGUAAGCUCUCCUGUCACCUCCACCCUAAACAUGACCUGGAUAAUAUCACGGUAUAAUAACCUGCCAUCAUGGCGUUUCGGCUGAUCUGUCCGUCCGUAACAGAGUUGGGUAAUUCAGGUCCAGAGAGAAA